AUGAAGGGGGCUGGCUUUGGGGUUGGGGAGCCACUGUCAAGUUACAGGACACUCGCCCAGGCAGGCUUGGAAAGGGAGUUCUCCGAGAAGAGGAGGAUCUGUUUAGAGGUCGAAGUGGGGCUGGGGCUCUCAGGUCCGGAUGAACUUCCUGACCCGAUCAGCUGGCAGUUGGAGAGAAGCAGAGAGAAAAUAGGAGAGAGAAAAGUGAGCAGAGAGCUGGUGAGGCAAGCACAGAGCACGGGCGUGCUGCAGCAGCUGUGGGAGGGCUGCGGAGGGGUGGGCGCAGGUGCAGGUGUGGCAAGGUUCCUGGAAAAGAGGGACUGGAAGGGAAAGGGGAGGAAGAUGGAGGGAGGAGCCGCAGCUUCACAGUGGAUUCGGCUCUCGGCACUCCCAGGCUGGGAGCUGGAUACCCUGCCCUGGCAGCAUGGCUCAGACUGUGCCCAGGAUGACGUUCCUGGGCCUCUGGCCACCUCAGAGUCCAGCCCCACACACAAUGCCCUCCAAGUUCCCGGCCCCUACAGCAUAAACCAUGAGCUCUCUGCCCUCUGUGACAGCUUCAGAGAGCACCCACGUCUGCCUCCUUGGGUAUGGAGCCUUUUCCAAGAGCUCACAGGCUCAUCCAUGGAGUCUGGGGGGCUUUGGGGCUGUGGGGUCCAGCCCUGGUACCUGCGUCUGGCUGGGACACUCUGCACCUGCAGCCAGGAGUCAUCCAUGGACCCCCGUGGGCAUGCUGACGGUGUUCGCGUUGAUGUCGCCGAUGAUGCUGGGUGCCUCCCUCUGCAUGUGAGGUUCCGGUUCUGUGGUGAUCUGGACUGUCCUGACUGGGUCCUGGCUGAGAUCAGCACGCUGGCCAAGAUGUCCUCUGUGAAGUUGUGGCUGCUCUGCAGCCAGGUACUAAAGAGCUGCUGGGAUGGGGGAUUGAGGUAUGAAAACAUCCUGAAGCUCAAGGCUGAUGCCAAGUUUGAGUCAGGCGAUAUGAAGGCCACAGUGGUAGUGCUGAGUUUCAUCCUCUGCAGUGCGGCCAAGCACAGUGUCAAUGGCGGAUGCUUGUCCAGUGAAGUGCAGCAGCUGGGGCUGCCCAAAAAGCACAUGGCCAGCCUGUGUCACUCUUAUGAGGAGAAGCAGAGCCCCUUGCAGAAGCACUUGGGGUCUGCAACCUAUGCAAGUGUGGUCCCUGGCAGCACGAGUGGGAGAAGGGACAGCAGAGACUGUAGAACCCUCAGCUGCAUCUAA